AUGGUUUCAAGAACGCAAGGGGCCCAGCCAGUCGUGGCGGAAGACCCUCUCUCGACAGCCUACUCGCUGCUCCUCCUCUCAGAAUACACGCACACCCUCGACUCCCUCCCGCUCGACCUCUCCCGCAACUUUGCCGACCUCCGUGAACUCGACGCCGUCCUCUCGUCGAGCAUGACCUCCAUCACACACAAAAUCCACACCCUCACUCGCAUGAUCGAAGAGGGCACCGCCAGCAAAGAAGACCGCCUCUGGCUCCUCACAGAAAUAUCAGAAGAAGCCACCCGCCUCAAACUAGGUGGUGAAGACAAGAUACGGGUGGCUUGCCAGGCUGCAGACAACCUCAAGAACCAUUCAAACCAUUUGAGGAGUUUAGCGGAGCAUAUUCCUGGGUUUGACACUGGGUUGUUGAACAGGAAGACAGUGUACCCGCAUGUAUCGGCGCAGUCGUUUAUGCCAGUCAGCACGUUUGAGCAUGGCAGGAGGAGGAGGAACGGGCUGGGCUCGUUGUUGACCGCGACCUCAAAUAAUGCGGAUCCGAGCCCGGCCAAGAGGAAGCGUGUCAACAACAGAGACGACGAUAUCGAUAUUGGGCAAAUCAAGUCACCGCGAAAGCCAACUGUCGAAACCACUGGUAGAGGAAGGGUCAACAACAGGGUCAAAAAAACAACGGAACGCGCAGGGUCUCCUACGGAAUCUGUGUUAUCCGUCAACAACUUCCAUCGACAAACCUCGCAAACGAAGGGAACAGCAGGAAAUGGACGAGGUGCAGGUUCCGCUUCAGGAAGCGGAGCAGGAAGCGGCAACAAGCGUCGCAACAACAACCGAACCCAAACACCCCUCGCCAACGAGUACAACCCCAACGACUACGACGCCAACGGCAACUACACAGGAAGUAUCUCGACAAGCGGCAACUCCUCCCAUCGCGAUGCGGCUGCAGCCUACUCAAACCACGUCUCGGGUUACGCGAAUGGCUCGACGGCCAACGGUCAUCAACAGAUCAUGCAGACGUACGACAUGCAUGGGAUGUCGCAUAUGCAGACUUGGAAUCCUGCGAACGGACAGGCGUUGGAAGGACCUGGCAUGCCGGUCUCGAGGGUAGUGGCGAGCGCAGCGGGCACCGCAACACCUGUGACCACCGACAACGCGGCCAUGGAUGGCACGGACGGGGAUGGAGAUAUCGACGAUAAUAAGAGGUAUUGCGUGUGCAAUGGCUUCAGCUACGGAGACAUGAUUGGUUGUGACAACGAAGGGUGCCCGGGAGAAUGGUUCCACCUGCCAUGCAUUGGUCUGAGCACACCACCAAGUGGCAAAUGGUAUUGCGACGACUGCAAAGGAAAACUUCGAAGUCAAGCCAAAAAGACUGGUCGGGGUGGCAAGCGGAGAGCGGGUGGUCGUGUGUCGGCCAAGUCCUAG